AUCGCUGUCGCCCCCUGGAGCUUGGUGGAAUAAUGGCAAGUAGAAGAGCAUGGGGCGGCCCUAGAGCCGGCGUCCGGUAUUCCGGAUCCAGUGAAGAUUUCUGGGGAGAGCAAUAGAGACGCAGCUUGAGCUAGAAGGGCCGGAGCGGAGGCAAAUAAGGAGAUCCGUAGAUUGAGUGGCUAGAGAGGUCGGAGGUAAGUGGCUGUAGAAAUCGGGAGGACCCGGAACACAGACGCCUCGGGACCAUGACUUACGCGUAUCUCUUCAAGUACAUCAUCAUCGGAGACACAGGUGUGGGUAAGUCAUGUCUCCUGCUUCAGUUUACCGACAAGCGGUUCCAGCCUGUGCACGACCUCACAAUAGGUGUGGAGUUUGGAGCACGUAUGGUCAACAUCGAUGGAAAACAAAUCAAACUGCAAAUCUGGGAUACGGCUGGGCAAGAGUCCUUCCGUUCUAUCACCCGUUCCUACUACAGGGGAGCAGCUGGAGCCCUCCUGGUGUAUGACAUCACGAGACGCGAAACCUUCAACCACCUGACCUCAUGGUUAGAGGAUGCCCGCCAGCACUCCAGCUCCAACAUGGUUAUUAUGCUGAUUGGGAAUAAGAGUGAUCUAGAAUCUCGAAGGGAUGUGAAAAGAGAGGAAGGAGAGGCCUUUGCUCGGGAGCACGGCCUCAUAUUCAUGGAAACAUCAGCCAAGACAGCCUGCAAUGUCGAAGAGGCCUACAUUAAUACAGCCAAAGAAAUAUAUAGGAAGAUCCAGCAAGGUUUAUUUGAUAUCCACAAUGAGGCAAAUGGCAUCAAGAUUGGGCCCCAGCAGUCAAUUACCUCAGCAGUGGGACCCUGCUCCUCUCAGCAGAACUCUUCUGACAUAGGGCCUGACUCUGGCUGCUGCUGAAAACCUGGUCUGAACUCUUUGUUUUUCCUCUCCUGGAACAGCUUCAGAUCAACAGCUUAAAGAAAGAGGCCUUCCUUGCUUUGGCUGAGAGCAGCCUCUUUUCAGUGUGUGAUGUUUCAUCCUUCCACUUAAGACCUGAGGAGAAAAUUGGGCCCUUUCUGACCUGUCCUCUUUUAGGGACACGAGCAUUCUGCAUAUAUUACGGCUCUUUCAUCCUCUAGUUUCUAAAAUGUUAGAAUCAAAGUUGGUUGUCACAGUAGUUAAAAACCAAACAACUUACUAUCAGUAUCUAUUUGCUAGGUGUUAUGGCACAUACCCAUAAUUCCAGCACUCAGGACUUUUGGCAGAAGGAUUGCUAGGAGUUUCGAAGUCAGUCUGGGCCACAUAAGUUUCACUAGGCCAUCUGUCUAAAAAAAAACAAAAAGAAAAGAGAAAGAAAGGAAAAAAUAAACAUAUCUGUUCCUCAUCCAAUUUUUAGUAACUAAGGUGAAGGAUAUUCUGAUUGAACAUUUAGAAUUAAGGAUCUGAAUAGCCUGUGGAUGAUAGAUCUAUACAUAGUAGUUUCAUUGCAUUUAUUUCCUUGCCUUGGAAACCUGCUUGUCAUUUCAUAAGAGUUCCUAUAGAAGCCGAGUGCCUCUAUACUGUCUCCUUGCUAGUUUCUUUUUAUUUAGUAUGUGUGUGUACAACCUUAAGCACCAUUCCUUCGGAGCCAGGCACAUUGGGCCCCAUAUCUCUUACUGGGACCUGGAGCUCCAUGCUUAGGCUAGCUAGGCUUGCUGGCAUUUUUCAUUGCUAGUUCUGUUUCUUAACUACAGAACUUUGAGAGCAGUGGAGUUGGUACUAGACCUGUUGCCACAUACCCUUACCUAAGGAAACAUUAAUUCUUCGUUUUGCUUAAAGGACCAGUUCUAGCAUUACAGUUUGUUUCACCAAAUUCCUCUCUAUUGUUUCAUCAUUCUUUCUCCAUUUAUGUGUCUGUGUGUGUGUCUGUGUGUGUGUGUCUAUGUGUGUGUGCACACAUGCACACAUGUAAGCAUGUGUACAUGCCCUGAAGAUUAAGAUAGGUUCUUAAACAUGCUAGGUAAGUGCUGUACCACUGAGCUGUACCCUCAGGAGCCUUUCUCUUUUACUUUUUGUUUUAAGACAAGUUGCCGAGGCUGGCCUUGAACUUGGCAGGCCUUAAACUUGGGAUCCUGAGGCUUCAGACUCCCAGGUAGCUGUGCAUUCUCCCUAACCAGAUUUAUUAGACUUUUACUCUAAUCAAGCUAAGUAGUUACUGACUAUGACAUAUUUAUUCCAACUUCUGUACCUUUGCACAUGCUCUGCCCUCUUACUCUCUCCUAACAUUAUACUGACACCGUUUUCUUUUAGGAAAUCCUCACUGACCUAGGGAGCCCUAAGCAGUUGUUAACACAAUACUUCUUAGCAUUCCUAUGUUAUUCAUAUGCAUAUUUAUUUGUAUGUGAUUUACUUUGUAAAUAUGUUUUGUAGUGGGUUUUUUUGAGAGGGUGAGGGGGGAGCGUCUGUCUCAUAUAGGUUGUAAGCUCUCUGAGAGCAGGUCCCUGUUACCCCAGUCCAUCUCACCAUUCCCUUACUGUACCCUGUGUAACUCAUGAUCUGGAAUUUGACAUGCUUUAAAACUUAAGACUUUAGAAGAAACAAAAGGCCCUAGAGUUGUCUCUAUGUAAUAGUAUCCUGGUUUUUCCCAUCUCCUUAUGCUGGAUUCUUACUGCUCUUCUGUCCCACCUCACUGUCACUGCCCCCAUUCUGUGCAGCCUACAGUUAGAAUGCCUGCUACUCAGAUAAGUAGGGACUUUUUACCCUCUCCUUAGAAUCUGUGACACCGGCAGCCCAGUCUGCCUCUGCUCCACUCCUCACGUCACCUCCUGGGACACUUGCUUUUUUACUUGUCUCAUUUUCUUUCACAGCAUUGAGGUCUCACCAAAUUUUCUAAUUUUUAUUGUUAAUGACCAUUUUCCUAUUAAAUAUAUGCAUGAUCCAA